AUGAACUGGACCGAUGCUAAGGCACAAUGUGAACUUCAAGGAGCUUACCUUGUUGAGGUAGAAACCAUGGCAGAAAAUACAUGGAUUCAAGAGACGCUUAUUUUACCUUGGAAUACAAUGGAGUGUGACAUUUGGUAUCAAUGCUGUAAGACCUGGAUCGGAGCAGCAGACAUGGAUAAGGAAGGCCAUUUUACCUGGAAUCGCAGAACCUCAGUCGAUUUUACAAACUGGUACAAAGGUCAGCCUGAUGACAUAAAGGGAAAAGAUUGUGUUCAAUUCUGCUCAAACGGAUUCUGGGACGAUACCGAAUGCAGAAGAAAUAAGUUUUUCAUCUGUGAGAAAGAGCUCGAUUUCUAA